CAGCGCGUGCCCGGCCUCCGGCAACUGCCCCGGCCGCCGGGUGGGAGGGGUGGGUCUGGGAGCGUUGCGGCGGCGGUGGCCGCGGACCCUGCGCGCAGGGCAGUCCUCCUCCGCCGCCUCAGAUGAUGGGUCCCGAGGAUGCCGGAGCCUGCUCGGGAAGGAACGCCGAGCUGCUCCCAGUCCCGGGGCCCAUGGGUCAGGAGGGGAAGACUGUCCCGGCCACCGGCGGCUUUAGUGGAGGCGCCGUCGCCGCGGAGCCGCCCGCGGAGGCUGGAGAGGAGGAGGCGCCGCCGCCGCAGCACCUCCUGCAGCGGUACCUCGAGGCGGCCGCGGGCCCGCUGCAGCCCGGGCUCGGUGGGGCGGAGGCGGCAGCCGUGCUCGCGACGCGCGGCUCAGGCAUGACCAACGGAGACUCGGGCUUUUUGCUGCGCCAGGACCGUCGCGGCCCAGAGGAGGCGCGUCGCCUCCGAACCUGCGGCCGUUCCUGCCUGCGGGAGCCCGCGGACGAGGGCGUGGACGGUGCGGGUGGCCUGGACGACUGGGCCGCGCCGCUUGAGGACCCGCUGCGGAGCUGCUGCCUGACGGCCGGGGACACUGAUGACCCGGACCCCACAGCCGCUACCUCUGUCGGCAGGGCCGUCGGGAGCGCGGAGCCCAGCCUCGGCCUCCCCGACGCUCGCUUCGGCUCUCGGAACACGUUCGAGGUGAGCCGCCGUCAGAGCGCCGGCGACCUCCUGCCAUCGGCGGGGCCGUCCGCACCCUUGCCAGCGGCAGAGCAGGGUCCCGGGGGCACCACGGCUCGGGCUCGACGGAGCGGUGGCUUCGCGGAUUUCUUCGCCAGAAACCUUUUCCCAAAAAGGACAAAGGAACUCAAAUCAGUUGUUCAUAGUGCUCCUGGCUGGAAAUUAUUUGGUAAAGUCCCUCCCAGAGAAAAUCUUCAGAAAACAUCCAAAAUUAUUCAGCAGGAGUAUGAAGCACGGACAGGGAGAACCUGUAGAGUUCCACCUCAGUCAUCAAGACGGAGGAAUUGUGAGUUCGAGCCACUUUCCACCACUGCCUUGAUUCUUGAAGACCGGCCGUCGAAUCUUCCUGCGAAGUCUGUGGAAGAAGCUUUGCGUCACCGACAAGAGUAUGAUGAGAUGGUGGCUGAGGCUAAAAAACGAGAAAUUAAAGAAGCACAUAAAAGAAAAAGAAUAAUGAAAGAACGAUUUAAGCAGGAAGAAAGCAUUGCAAGUGCAAUGGUAAUUUGGAUCAAUGAAAUACUGCCCAAUUGGGAAGUAAUGCGUAGUACAAGAAGAGUUCGAGAAUUGUGGUGGCAGGGAUUGCCCCCUAGUGUCCGUGGGAAAGUUUGGAGUCUAGCUGUAGGAAAUGAACUAAAUAUCACUCCUGAACUUUAUGAAAUCUUUCUUUCAAGAGCAAAAGAACGGUGGAAAAGCUUCAGUGAAUCAAGUUCUGAUAAUGACACGGAAGGUCUAUCUGUUGCUGAUCGAGAGGCUAGUCUGGAAUUAAUUAAGUUGGACAUAUCCCGUACCUUUCCAUCUCUCUACAUCUUUCAGAAGGGUGGCCCAUAUCAUGAUGUUUUGCAUAGUAUCUUAGGGGCAUAUACAUGUUACAGACCUGAUGUUGGUUAUGUCCAAGGGAUGUCCUUUAUUGCAGCUGUGCUCAUCCUCAAUCUGGAGGAAGCAGACGCCUUUAUCGCGUUUGCAAAUCUCCUGAACAAGCCAUGCCAGCUGGCCUUUUUUCGUGUGGAUCACAGCAUGAUGUUGAAGUAUUUUGCAACAUUUGAAGUAUUCUUUGAGGAAAACUUAUCCAAACUAUUUCUUCAUUUCAAGUCCUAUAAUCUUACACCAGAUAUAUAUUUGAUAGAUUGGAUCUUCACCUUGUACAGCAAAUCACUGCCGCUUGAUCUGGCCUGUCGUGUCUGGGAUGUGUUUUGUAGAGAUGGGGAGGAAUUUUUAUUUAGGACUGGACUGGGGAUCCUCCGGCUAUAUGAAGAUAUACUCCUUCAGAUGGACUUUAUUCAUAUAGCACAAUUUCUUACCAAAUUGCCAGAAGAUAUAACAUCAGAAAAGCUUUUCAGCUGUAUCGCAGCCAUUCAGAUGCAGAAUAGCACCAAGAAAUGGACUCAGGUCUUUGCAUCUGUUACAAAGGACAUUAAAGAAGGCGAUAAGAACAGCAGCCCUGCUCUGAAGAGCUGACCUUUGAGUUAGUGACAAACUGAAAUGCAAAAGGUAGUUUUGGGGGAAAGUUUCCUCUUUCUUAUGUAGAUAGCGUGGAAGAAAAUGUUGAGAGAAGAAUCAAGAGCUGGAAAACUUCUGGGUUUAAAUUCCAUGGCUGAAGUAAAUGAAAUACGUAAUUUAUUGACAGUAUUAAUUAAAAAGUACCUGGGAGAGCCUUUUUUCACAGGAAAAGACUCAGUUGGCAAUUACUCCAUAAUGUGGAGUAAAUACUUUAAUGCAAUAAUUUUUUUUUAAAUAGCUUCACAGAAACUUCAAUUUUUUAUGUUGUUUUUUUUUAAACAAUUAACUACAAAUGCACUUCUGGAGUCAGAGUAGGACUGUUAAACCCUACUUUAGUCCCAAAAAAGAUAGAACACAUGUAUUAUCUCCAGUUCGGAGCUUUUGAAGAUAUUCUAGACCAGUAGUAAGCGACUUGAGUUGUAAGUUGGGUUAGUCACUGAAGCUCUUGCUUACCUUACACAUAGGCUAUGGAAGUUCCCACCCUCUAGAACUGGAAUACCGAUGGACACUAUUUCUCGAUUUGCUUAUGGUGUUUCCCACAGUGUUAUGUCCCUUUGUUUUUGAAGAGAAAUCUUUCUCUAAGUAACUUCUAUCAUAAAAGAAUUUUUGCCUU